AUGUCUUCUGCUCAGCAACGCCUGAACCAGGUUUCCUCCCACUUCGGCAAGAAGGGAGCCGCUGCCCUCACCGAGAAGCACCCCGAUGACAUUGUCGUGACAUGUGCCCUGCGAACUGCCCUCACCAAGGGUGGUAAGGGUGGCUUCAAGGAUACCGCUGCUGCUGAUCUGCUUGCCGGUGUCUUCAAGGCUGUCCUGGACAAGAGUGGUCUCGACCCCAAGGCCGUGGAGGACAUUGCUGUUGGCUCUGUCCUCCCUCCCGGUGGUGGUGCCACUGAGUUCCGUGCCGCUGCUCUCGUGGCUGGCUUCCCCGAGACCACUGCUGUCAAGAGUCUCAACCGUCAAUGCUCCAGUGGUCUCCAGGCCAUUGCAGAUAUUGCCAACGGUAUUCAGUCCGGCAUGAUCGACGUGGGUAUUGGUGCUGGUGUCGAGAGCAUGUCCUCUCAAUAUGGACCCGGUGCCGUGACUGAGUUCUCCGAGCUCCUCGAGAACCACCCCGAGUCGGCUAACUGCAAGGUUCCCAUGGGUGUUCUGUCCGAGAACAUGGCCAAGGACCGUGGUGUGACCCGUGCUGCCCAGGACGCUUUCGCCGCCAACUCAUACCAAAAGGCCCUCAAGGCUCAAAAGGCCGGUCUUUUCAACGAGGAGAUCGCCCCCCUGGACGUGAAGUGGACCGACCCCAAGACCGGCGAGGAGAAGACCAUCACCGUGAAGGCCGACGACGGCAUCCGUGAGGGCAUCACCGCCGAGUCUCUGGGCAAGAUCAAGCCCGCCUUUGCCAAGGAUGGUUCCAUCCACGCUGGUAACGCCUCCCAGAUCUCCGACGGUGCUGCCGCCGUCAUCCUCAUGAAGCGCUCCACCGCCGAGCGUCUGGGCCAGAAGAUUAUUGGCAAGUAUGUUGCCGCCAGCAUCGUCGGUGUCAAGCCCCUGCUCAUGGGUGUUGGUCCCUGGAAGGCCAUCCCCGUUGCUCUGGAGAAGGCCGGCAUCACCAAGGAUGAUGUGGACAUCUAUGAGAUCAACGAGGCCUUCGCUUCCCAGUGCGUCUGGUGUGUCAACGAGCUUGGCAUCCCUCAGGAAAAGAUCAACCCUAAGGGUGGUGCUAUCGCUUUCGGUCACCCUCUUGGCUGCACUGGUGCCCGCCAGGUCAGCACUCUGUUUACUGAGUUGAAGCGCACAAACAAGAAGAUCGGUGUCACCAGCAUGUGUGUCGGUACCGGCAUGGGUAUGGCCGCUGUCUGGGUUGCCGAAUAA